AUGUUUCGCAGCGGUGCCUUGGAGAAGCUGCUCUCCUUGGAGGCGGCGCAAUCCAAGCAGUUGGCCAACGAGGAGCUCGCCAACCAGAACGGGGUGGUCCUCGGCUUCCGUGUGAAGGGCAGGGUGACGAAGCUGUGGAACUUGCCCAAGGAUACCAAGGCGAUGGAGGACAUCAACCUGGACUGGUUGAACAUGGUGCUGAGCUCAGCUUUGUCCUGCACGUGUCCCCCAAUGAGUCCGUGCCGCCAGUGCCCAAGGACCCAGAACCGCUUUGAGAACGUCCUCGACCAGCAGUAA